AUGAGAAAUGAGGAGGUUGAUUUAUGUCUUCGUUAUCGUUGUCCAUCUAGGCACCUUUACACUCUUCUUGAUUCAUUGGUUUUCGAGUUUAUUGAAUUACUUAAACAAAAAAAUCUACCUGUUGAUGAUAAAUUGAUAAAAGCUAAAGCGAUUUCAUUGGCUCAGAGCUUAGGGUUGAAAACGUUUGUCGCUAGUACUAGUUGGUUUAGUAAUUUCAAGAGAAGAAAUAACGUAAGAAGAUUAAAACAACACGGUGAAUCUCGGUGUGUUGAUCUUGAGAUUGUCGAGAAUUGGUUCCUUAAAUUACCUGAUAUUAUCAAAGAUUUUGAAGAUGAUUGUAUUUAUAACGCUGAUGAAUCGAGUUUCUAUUGGAAAGCUUUACCAACAUCAUCAUAUCUAACAAAAGAAGCUGAUCAACACGGGAUCAAGCAAUCGAAGCUCAGAGUAUCGGUAAUGUUGGGUUGUAAUCGUUUCGGUAACAAAGAGAGGAUAUUGGUUAUUUGUUUUCGUGCUCGGCCUCAUUGUUUCCAAAAGGUUAAUUAUGAUCUAUCAUCAAUCGAUGUAAAUUAUAAGUUCAAUAGCUUGAGUUACAUGAAAUCAAGUUUAUUCAAUGAAUGGCUAGUUGAGUGGGAUAAUCAGUUGAUUGAAGAUAAAAAAAUUCUAUUAUUUGUUGACAAUUGCCCAUCACAUAAAUUAACUGAAACAUUGAAAAAUAUUAUUGUGAUCAAAUUACCACCCAACACAACAUCACACUGCCAACCAUUAGAUUGUGGUAUUAUCGCUAAUGUAAAGACUUUAUAUCGGUCAAAAAUAAUACAGAAAAUUGCUCCGUCAAUUGAAAAUGAAAUUAAAUUGAUAGAUUGUCUCAAAAAUUUACAAUUAAUUGAUGGAAUUCAAAUAUGA